GCGGAGUUUGGCAUGAAACUUGUCGGUGGCUGUCGAAUGCCAGUGCACGGGUCAAGUCCAUGCUGCUCGCUGCCAGACGGGUUUCUGCAUUUCGCCGAAGGGCUUUGUUUAGACAGACACGCAGUGCAGGGACAUCCAGCGAUAGGUUCGUGUACAUUGCCAGGGAGAGGCUUGAGGAACUGCUUGAUGCAGAAGUGGGCUACUUGAGCAAAGUCCCUAUACAUCCCUUUACUUUGCAAGAAGUUCUGGGUCUAGGGUCUGCUGAGAGUUUGGCUGCCUGCAUUUUAAACGACGUCCCGAAACGUUUCGCAGUACGAAUCCGAAUGAUUGAAAGCUUAGGAGGAUGGGACCACAUUGAGGAGCUCAACAAGCUCCAUUCCAGGAUGAAAACAUGGUAUCGGCGAUUGCGGCUUAUUGAUCCUCAGAACGUGGAUCUGCAGCACCUAACAGAGACGACUCGGGCGAUCCGUCAAGAAGGGAGUUCGACUGUCGGACUUGUUGCUUUGGGAAUUUACAAACUACAACGAGCCAAUGGCCAGUACACCGACGACGAUCUCAACCAUUUCCUUGAUGGUUUCUUGCUUUCCCGCAUAGGGAGCAACAUGCUCCUGGACCAGUACUAUGCCCGAGCACCCAAAGAAGCAGGUGGCUUGGCAAGGAAGACGGGAAUCAUUUCCCCGCGCUGUGAUGCAGUUGCCCUGUGCAAGCAAGCUGCCGCGUAUGCAUCGCGCAUUUGCCA